GUCGACCCGUUAAGAAAAGUAAAAUGGCUCCGACGAAGAAAGGAAAGAAGACCAAAUCGGCGGCCGAAUCAACGACGGUCACAGAAUCUUCGAUCUUUCCGGCGUGUUUGCGUCUCCUUACACCUUCCUCCGUCGCCAUCACCAUCCAUGCGAAGCCAGGUUCCAAAGCCGCCUCCAUCACUGAUGUGAGCGACGAAGCGGUCGGCGUUCAAAUCGACGCUCCGGCUAGAGAUGGUGAAGCUAACGCUGCUCUUCUCGAAUACAUUAGCUCUGUAUUGGGGGUGAAAAGAAGACAAGUCUCACUCGGUUCGGGUUCUAAGUCUCGAGAUAAAGUUGUGAUUGUUGAGGAUAUGACUCAACAAAGUGUUUUUCAAGCUUUGUCCCAAGCAUCAAAACCUACCUAAAGAUCUCAAAGGCUGUAACUAACUGUAUAUGGAGGAACUAAAGCAUCAAAAGCUAAAUGGUUUAUGUUCACUUAAAGUACAAAUGGUUUGAAGAGUUUCAGUAUUUGUAACAGAGAUCAUUGGUUUGAUUAUGCCAUGUAAAUCUUUAGACUAUUGCUUGUUAUAGAACAAUUGUGUUUAGUCUAGUCCAGAUUGAUUUGAA